AUGAGGCCACAAUCGGUCCCCCUUCGCCAGGCGGCUCUUCGCAACUUAAUUACCCCCCAACGAUGUCUAGGCGGAGCGCGCAAUUUCGCCGCCGCAACAGCGAGUCCGCUGCGCGGUGACACCACUCGCCCGGCACUACUUGCUUUACAAUCUGCGACCUGCUUUCAGCAGCAAAGAUGGAUUACUCAGAAAUACAUUCAGCGUAUGAAAGAUGGAGAGAAGGAAUGGGCCGGCUUUGCGAAGGAGAUCAAAGAAGGGAAGAGGAAGAAUUUCGUGCAGCAUUUGGAGGAGCGUGGUUUAAUCCAUGAUGUUGUUGGAGAACGCGAUUUGUUGCACAAGGUCUUUACGGAAAAGCGCGCAGGAAUCUACGUUGGAAUCGACCCUACGGCGCCUUCGAUGCAUAUUGGACAUAUGUUGCCAUUCAUUGUCUUGGCUUGGGCGUACGUCUGGGGAAUCCCGGUUACAUUCUUGCUUGGCGGCGCCACAUCUCGAGUUGGCGAUCCCACCGGACGGUUAAAAGGUCGCGAUGCGGUCCAUUCCUCUAUCAGAAAGGCCAACAUGGCUAGCAUGCACAUGCAAUUGAAGAAAUUAGGCGUUAGCAUCGAACAUUACGGCAGGAGGCAUGGAUACGAGCGGCAACCGAUGUGGAAGCGGGCAUUGACGAAUAACAACACCUGGUGGAACUCCAUGCCGUUCCUUGAAGUUUUGCGUGACCUUGGUGCUUAUAUGCGAAUUGGUCCCAUGCUCGGCAGAGAGACUGUUAAGAACCGUCUCUCAAAGGGUGACGGCAUGUCCUUUGCCGAGUUCUCCUAUCCCCUUCUCCAGGCGUGGGAUUGGUGGACGAUGUUCCAAAAGGGCACUCAGGUGCAAGUUGGAGGCUCCGAUCAAUACGGAAACAUCCUUUUCGGAAUGGACGCAGUAAAGUCGAUUAGUCGCAACACUGCCGACGAGCAACUUCGGAACCCUCUUGAGUCGGAACUCGAUCAUCCUAUCGGUUUCACCACACCACUUCUAACAGCGUCAAACGGUGAAAAGUUUGGAAAGUCUGCUGGAAACGCCGUCUGGCUCGACAAGGACCUGACUUCCACCUUUGAACUGUACCAGUUCUUUGUCCGAACCCCUGACGACACUGUUGAGAAAUACCUUAAGCUGUUCACUUUCAUUCCCUUGCCCGAGAUCGCCACUAUCAUGGAGGAGCAGAACAAGGACCCCUCAAAGCGCGUUGCGCAACAUGCCCUCGCUUUUGACUUUGUUGAGCUCGUUCACGGCAAGGAGGAAGCUGAUGCAGUGGCUAUGCAACAUCGCCAGCUUUUCCGUCCUCGAUCAUCUACUGGCGCCCCCACUCCUCUCCCUAAAUCCUCUUCUCCUCCCUCAAGCCACGCCCAAUCUCCUACCGCGGGCUUUGAUAACCCGCAAUCUGGCAACCCGUACGCGCCCCAAACGAACUUCGCGAAUAUGGGUGACAUCAAAGUCACGCUGCCGAAAUCUCUCGUGAUCAAUCAGCCAUUUAACAGGGUUCUUUGGUCCGCUGGCAUGGUCUCAUCCAAGAGCGAAGGGCACCGCGUUAUUGUCAACAAUGGUGCUAAAGUUGGAAGCCGUCCCGGUGAUAGUGGCCCCAUGUCGGACGCGCUCUCCUUCACCCCUAUUCGUCCAUGGACUGCCGAGAAGACCCAGGAGUUUGUUCUUAACGACAACCUUCUUAUGCUCAAGCUCGGUAAGUGGAAGUUCAAGGCCGUUCACAUCGUGAGCGACGAAGAAUUCCGCGCGCAAGGACUCACUGCUCCGGGCUGGGAGACUGAGGCAACCGAGCCGACCGAGUCGGAAUAA